GUCUGCUCUGCGGUCCUUGCAGGCAAUAAAAUAUAUUUGACUUGAGCAGGGAUGCAUCUUUAUUUGACAACCCCUUAGAGCUGGACUUAUCUCACUGUGCUUUGUCAUCUAAAGCAGCCAAUAUUUUUACAAGUUAACGUCCGUGUUUCUUUGACAACAAUAGAUUACGUUCAUUUGCUCUUCCAGGACCUUGACGCAGCGUUUCCAUCCAGCCACCGAAGUGGGAAGAACGGGGUCCGUAAAGAACACCCACGCUAUGUCGCGGUUUUACAGUGUUUCCUGUGUGAUUUUAUGUGUAAAUCGGAGCUGUUUGACUGGAGUUGUUAGGAAACAUUUCUUGGUGUAAGUCAUUUGUUAAGCUCUUGCCGUCGGUGAAGGCCAGGGAAAUGUCAGGAGCGGCCGGUGGAGGAGGAGGCUCCUCCUGUCUGGGCGCAACAUUGGCAGGCAGUCGCAGCUCCGCCGGCUUUCCUUAUGCUGCUGCCGCCGGAGGAGGCGCAGGGUUGCCCGCACGGCUGCCCGCCCUUGAGCAUGUUUUUUCAUAUCUAGAGCUGUCCGACUUGAUGCGGUGCGCGCUAGUCUGCUGGCACUGGAAUAAUAUCCUGGCGGAUGAGAACAGCGAGGUGUGGCGCAGCCUCUGCACUCGGACGAUGAGCGACGAAGCUCUGCGAUCUGACAUCUUGUGCAACCUGCCCACGUACAAGGGGAAACUCAUGGCCUUUCAACAUGCUCUGAGCUCCCAUGACUGCUCCCGCAAUGUUUAUGUAAAGAAGAAUGGCUUCACUCUGCACCGCAACCCCAUUGCCCAGAGCACGGAUGGUGCACGUGGCAAGAUUGGCUUUUCGGAAGGGCGGCACGCCUGGGAGAUCUGGUGGGAAGGCCCUCUUGGCACUGUGGCAGUAAUAGGCAUCGCCACGAAGCGGGCAGCGAUGCAGUGCCAGGGUUACGUGGCCUUGCUGGGCAGUGAUGACCAAAGCUGGGGCUGGAACCUGGUAGACAAUAACCUGCUACAUAAUGGGGAAGUUAACGGAAAUUUCCCUCAGUGUAAUAAUGCACCCAAAUAUCAGAUCGGGGAGAGAAUACGGGUGAUUCUAGACAUGGAUGACAAGACGUUAGCUUUUGAGAGAGGUUUUGAGUUUCUUGGAGUAGCAUUUCGUGGACUGCCCAAAGCCUGCCUGUUCCCUGCCGUCUCUGCAGUGUAUGGCAACACUGAAGUCACCAUGGUGUACCUGGGAAAACCUCUGGAUGGCUAGAAGCAGCGUAACACAUACCACCACUGAAACUACCAGACUGUUAUCGACUGCAGAACACUGUCAACAGUGCCAACCAUCUUUGUUGCUCCGAGUCAAACUAUUUUCACUUUUACAGUUUAGUGGCUGCACUCAUAUUUAAGGGACAGGGGAGCAUAAUUUAAUUUCAUGUGAUGCAGGCCAACAGUUCUAAACAUUUACUUGAGAUUUUAUGUUUGUGUGAAUGAGGCCAAAUCUAUUCUAAACCAUGGCACAUACUUUAAGAGGGUGGAACUGUUAUUAUAGUAUCUCUUGUAUGACUUUAAUGGAAACAGUUUACCGUGUUUUAACACAGCUGACCUUUAAUCGGUGGCUGGAUUAUAUUACCAAUGUGACCUAAUGUUAGAUUUUGUUAAAGGCAAACAGAGAAACGGUCAUAUACAGAAUACAACAGAAAUAAGUUUACUGUUUAAAAACAGUGUCACCUUACGUUAAUUUGAAGUGUCACGUAUUUGCUCUUAUGUAAAAUUAAAAACUGACAGUUUAGAUUUACUCUUUUAAAAAUACAGGCUCUACAGUCGGAAACCAAUGCAACAAAAAUCAUUAUACCUGUUAUUACCAAGAUUCAGUUCUUGUUAUUUUCCAGUGCUUUGCAUGUUCACCUUUAUUUUUGUUGACAGACUCAGUCCUCCUUGGCAUGAGGGAUACAAAUGCACGUAAAGGUGUUCUGCCAUUCUUCAGGGACAGUUUGUUUCAGCUGCUGUUUGCUGGAGGGGUUGUGUUGUAUCUUUAAAAUGCUCCAAAGGUAUGUUAUUGGAUUCCACCAAGGUGAUAUAGUUUUCACUUUUUUCCUCUUUUAUCAACUCUUGUGUGACUUUGGCAGUGUGCUUUGGAUCAUUAUCAUGCUGGAAUACUCCUUCUGGAGUCUUUUGGAGACUGGGGGUCAUCUUGUCACCCAGUAUUUUGGUAUAUCCAUACUGUUUCAUGUUACAAACAGCCCCCCGACACCUUUUGCACUUAUGCAGCCCCAUAUCAGCCCACUGCCACCUCUGUACUUUACUGUGGGGACUAUGCUACUCUGCCAUAGUAGUCAUAAACCUGGCCAGGUUCAGCCCCCUCUGAGUCCAACGCAUUUGGUCUCAUCUGACCAUAGAAUGUGGCCCCAAUAUUCACCAGGGUUCUUUUCAUUUUCUUCAGAAAAAUAAAAAAAUCCUUCAGUGCUAAAGAGCAAGCAGGUAUUUUAUUCUUGGAUGCUGUCCAUGGAGGUCGUUGUCUGAGCUGUCACAGAAACGCAAUGCACUGUCUGUGGCAUCAUUUUAGGACAGCCAUGGCAGCUCUGAUUAGUGGUACUCUGACUCAUUCCAUGCCUCCUGAUCACUGCUGCAGCUGUGUUUAGACUGACUUUUAGUUGAUUGGCUGAUCUUCCUAUGGCCUUUUCCAUCUUUGUGAAGUCUCACAGUCUGAUUUUUCAGCUUCUCUGCUAAGUGGAGCCAUGAUGUGGACAUGCAGAGAGACACAGCCCAAAACGGAGAACGCUCUGGUUUUCACAGGUCCAUUUAUAAAUAUGUUCAUGUAAUUAGGUGUAUACUGGUGUACUCCACUUUGUUUCAAUGAUCACAGGUUGUUUAGCUUGUGUGUCAGUGAUUACAGGUGUUUUCACUUUUGUUGCAUUGAGUUUUGACUUUGGGGCCUGUCUUUCCCAAGUAUUUGUUUUUGAUUGAUCAUAAUAGAAAAGACUCUACUUGUCAACGUAGAAAUAUUGCAGUUAUUAAGAGGUGAUACAGUUUUGAAUAUCGUUUUGCACAGAGGUGCACACUCAUUUCUGUGGUAGACUGAAAUGUCUGCUUUUACAAUACUCACCCAUCAUGGUAUACGUGUAUCACAUUAAUGUACAUCCUUUUUAAUGUGCUAUGUAGUAUUUAUUUCAUGUUUUUAUCUGUUGUUCCAAAGAUAAUGUAUGGUUAUAAGGCCUGAAAAUAUGGAGCCACUCUUAGAAAAAUGAUGGUCUGAUGCUUGUGUCUAUGCAUGCAUGGCUGUUAUACCACAGCUGUCAGUGUGUCUCAGCUGUCCAGCACACACUACAUAUUUCUAGCCUGCACUAUAUGAAUUAAUAACUUAAACUUUAUUAACUUAGGGCCUAGACAGUUUUUGGACUGUAAAAUCAUAACUAGUUUCAGUUAGUAAAUGACCAUAAUGGUCAAUCGGUCCCCUUCACCAGGCCAGAAUGAAAUUUGGAAAGCAUAAGAAAAAUUCAAAUUUUUACUUAUGCCUAGUCAGAAUGUUAAAGUAGAGCCUCAUAAUAAUGAGUCAGUCAACACAGAUUUUAUUUAACCUGUUCUGAAACUUUUGAUCUGUCACCCUACUAAAUUUCAUGCAGUAUAAAUGAUGGCACAACAAUGCAUGCCAUUUUGUAAGCUUGGCAGAGCCAAUUGUGUCAUGCUUGUGACCUUAAAAAGACCACAGCAGGUUGAACUUUAAUAACAGAUGCAGCUUUCCCCACUCCAGGUCAAUUUACACGUGGUCCUUCAUACAGUUCUUCAUGAACUGAGGGGUGAAGCACCAGGUUGCUCUGUCCACAUGCUACGUUAACUAAGGGUAUUUGUAUACAUUUUUCACUUAGUUCUUUAGAGGCUUUCUUGAACAAAUUGUGUCUACUGCAUUUUAUAGUUUCAUCACAGCAUUUCCUUGUCUUUUUUCUUCUUUUUUUUCCAAUUUCAAUAAGCAGCCUUUGACUUAUGGGUUAGAUGCAAGUUACGGAGUUUCUAUGUUAAAGAUUUUUGAAUUGGAGGAAAAUGCAUUUUAAUAUAAAUUGCCCUAUGAUCUGUAAGCAGAGUAGCUGAAAUGUUUACCGUAAUUGUUUGUUUGGGGUGGGGGUGGGGGGUUAAACAGUCUAGUGAUUAGUGUGGGAUUGACAAUCUCCACAUCUGUUGUGCCAAGUGCACGUUUUAGUAUGAAAAUGUAUCCUGUCACAAAUCAAUAGGAUCUAAACGUUGCAUUGAUAGUUUUAGAUUAGUACUAACAGAGGAAGGUGAAGGCCAUUUAUUCAAGAGAAUUUUCACCAGGAAUAUUAAAACCACCUUUGAUAACAAUUAGUGCUUCAGUGCUUCUGGAUAUUUAGGUAACCACUA